GGACGAUUGUAUAUUUCAGUGAAGCAGUACAUGUUGUUAGUUGUUGGGAACAUGAGCUACGCAAUAAGUUAACAUAAGUAAUAUGUUUAUUUCAAUGUCUAAAACGUGUUUUAUAAACAGUUAAUAAAAACUAAAAUAAAAUGAUAACAAACCAAUAACUUAUAUAAUCUAUAAGAAAUUGUUAUUAUUGUAUAUAUUUAACAAUGGGGGUAAAAAAUUUUAAAAUUAUUUUUGAGAAUCCUGUGAAAACUUAUUUUCCUAACGAUAUUGUUAAGGGACAUGUUUUUCUAACUCUGGAUGGACCCAAAAAAUGUAGAGGAUUAAGGAUUAAAGGAACAGGAGAAGCAAAAACUUCAUGGAGUACAAGCGCCGGGAAAGGACAAACACGAUAUACCGGUCAUGAAGAGUAUUUUUCUAAACGACAAUAUCUAAUUGGAGGAGAAUAUGAUGAUAUCGAAUUGCCUCAUGGUGAAAGUUUUUUUCCAUUUGAAUUUACUUUACCAUCAAGAUUACCAAGUAGUUUUGAAUCAAAAUUAGGCUACAUUAGAUACACAAUAAAAGCCACAAUUGAUUUACCUUGGAAAUUUGACAUUGAAACAAAAUCCGCGUUCACUGUGAUUUCUAAAUAUGAUUUAAAUACAGAUUCUAAUGCUUCGUCUCCUGUUGUUGAAUCAAGAACACGAAAUUUUGGAUGUUUUUCAUCCUCACCACCUCUUACUGCAACACUUUCUAUGCCUGUAAAAGGGUACGUCCCGGGACAAGUAAUUCCAAUUAAUAUAAAUAUCAAAAAUUUAUCACGUGUUACUAUUUAUCACGUGAGAUUAAAAUUAAUAAAGAAAGUGACUUUUAAAGUGACUAAGCCACGUACACAAAAGCGAAAAAAGUAUAUGACAAUUAAAGACAUCCAUGAAGGGAAGAUUGAAACUAAUAAUGUUAGUUUUGAUGAAUUUAUUGAAGUACCCUCUCUACCACCUUCCACUUUAAAUGAAUGUGGACUCAUUGACGUUCAAUAUGCAAUUGAACUGAAACUAUAUAUUGAUCAAUUAUGCACUCCUAAUUUGAAAUUUACAUCUCCAGUUUUAAUAGGAACUGUUCCAUUGAACAAUUGCCUAUUUUUUACAUCAGUACUUUCUUCCCUAACACAAUCAUCAACAGCACCUUCUACUCCUUCUGCACCUCCAGAUUACUCAACAGUAAUUAACUUCGAAUUACCUCCGCCAACUUACCAAGAAUCAAUUUUUGCCGCUGAGAAUCUUCAAGAUGACGAUGAUUCUCAACACGUGAUGGGAAUUAAUGAUCAUUUUGCACCACGAUAUCCAGUUUAUAAAUUUCCCUCUCGGUAAAAAUAUUGUCUGCAACCAAAAUAUA